AUGUCCUCUCCUUUCCUCGAUAUUCGAGGUGAUCCGAUUCCCAAAGAGCAGGUUGUCGGGUGUGGAAGCUCUGCAGUCAUUCUGCUUCAAAAUGGCGUUGCCGUCAAAACCCCGUUAAGAUAUCUUUGGAGCUCAGACUCCGAUGUCGAAGUGAACGUUCAGAGCGUCAGACGCGAGCAAGACGUUUAUCGUCGCUUGCAAAGCCUUAAGGAUGACCGCUCAAAGGGCAUUGUCAGUUGUAUUGGCUUUUCAGCUGAAGCCACCCAACUGGCUUAUAUGGCUAACGGCGACCUUCGGACUUAUCUUGCAAAGUGCCGACCUUCUCAUCAGCUUCAACUCGCAUGGUUUCAUGAGAUGGCACGCACACUUUGUUAUAUCCACGACAGACGUGUGCUUGUUGCAGAUAUCGCUACUCGGAAUUUCCUACUUGAUACAGAUCUGUCCCUCAAAAUAUGCGAUUUCUCUGAGGCAUCCCUCCUUCCAUUAGAUUGCAAUAUGGAGACUGUGGAUGACAAUGGAUUUACCGCACAAAUCGACAUCGGCCUUCUUGGAACAGUUAUGUACGAAGUUGUGACUGGCAGCAAGUGUGAUGUCGACCUUUUCAAAGAUAAUUCUCCUACCGACGGCAGAGCCUAUUGGCCGGAGAGGAAGUCUCUGCCCAGUACACAGGGCAUCUGGCUUGGUUGGAUAAUUGAAGGCUGCUGGGAUGGUGGAUUUCGCAGCGCCCACAGUCUCCUGCGAGCGUUGGAUUCUGUUAGGACCGGUGAGGUCUUGUGA